UUGAUCUCAAAACCCUGGUACUUGGUGAGGGGUGGCAGGAGAAACAAACUAUGUAGUGUCUAGGUUCAUUUACACUCAACAAACAUUUACUAUAUCUAAAGUGGGAUCUCAGACUUUGGGAAUACUGUACAAAGGCAAAAAGGCAAUGUCCUCUAGGAGUUUAUAUUCUACAGGGUGAAUACACUGUAUUCAUGAGCAAAUAAAUACAAAGUAACUUCAAAAAGGAGAGAGUGCUUACAAUGAGGAGGAUCAAGAAAGACCUCUAUCAUCCUAUUUGCCAUCUGCAAAAUAGAGAUAUCUUCAUCUACUCUUUCCCAAGGCUGUAGUGGAUAUAAUGGUGUCUGCUCAGCCCAGUGACAUGAUUCAAGUAUAAUAAUAAUAACUCACAAAUUCACAUUUUCAUAGUACUUUAAAGGUUUAUAAAGCACUUUUCUCAAAUCAAUCUUGUUAGAUAGGAUAUUAUGUGUUCCAUUUUAUUCAGGAGGAAACUAAGAUUCAGAGAGAGUGCAGGAUCAUCUGGCUUGUUUAAAUACUUACCUCCUUCCUCAAAGUCCAGUCCUCUAAAGCCGAGGGGACUUUAGAAAUGAUCUCGUAUAACCCCUUUAUUUUAUAUAUGGGGAAAUUGUAACCCUGAGAAAGGAAGAAGACUCUUUUAAAGGUCAACCACUGGAUAUGGUUAAGUGAAGCAGAAACUAGAAUGACCAUUUCUUGACUCCCAGGUGAGGAGCAGUUUGUGUUUUUUUGUUAAAUUAUUUCAUUGCCUGUUGCUUGCUGAGCAGCUCCAGGUUUGUAAUUAUAUCCCAGCGAUUAUGGCCAGUGAGAGAGAAAAAAAUUACAUACUCGUUAAUUCGGAUUGGAGGUGGGAGAGAUCAGAGAAUACCCAGACUGUUAGGUGAUUGUAUGGCUUUCUCAGCAUUUUUUUGGUGUGUGUGUGUGUUUGUGGGUCAGUCCUGAAGUGGGCCAACCACUUCCCCCAGCGGAGGGAGGCUGGGUUGGGGUCUGGAAAGGGAAGGUGCUACAUGAUAGGCAGGAGCUGUUGUGGUUCAUUUGCACAAAGGGGGGGGUGGCCUCAACUAGGGAGGUAUUUCCGCUCACGGCAGCAAAUGAGGGCACACAAAGCAUUGUAAAGCAAUGAGGCUCUCUUGGUGACGUCACUAGUGUGUUCAAAGUCCAAUUCCUGGGGGCUUCCGAGGAGCCAGAGAGGAGGAUCUGGGACUAUACUGUUGCUAGCUGCCUGGCUCCUGUCUCAGUUAUCACUGAACCAUGGUGCCUACUUUUUGUCACUGAUCCAAGGUAGUCCGGCAGGGAAUGAACGCUGUCAAGUACCAGAAGUUCCUGGAGGGUCUCAACAAUUUGAGAGAUGAACGGGACCGUGUACAAAAGAAAACAUUCACCAAAUGGGUCAACAAGCAUUUAAUGAAGGUCCGCAAGCACAUUAAUGAUCUCUACGAAGAUCUUCGAGAUGGCCAUAACCUGAUAUCUCUUCUUGAGGUUCUCUCUGGAAUCAAAUUGGAGCCAGCAGGGCUGAAGACCCUCCGCCUGGUGAGCAUGCCCUCCUGGCGUUGUGCAAGCAAUGAAGAGCAGGAGGAGGAAGAUGAUGAUGAUGUACCUCGAGAGAAAGGCAGGAUGCGUUUCCAUAGACUGCAGAAUGUACAGAUUGCUCUGGACUUCUUGAAGCAGCGGCAGGUAAAAUUGGUGAACAUUCGCAAUGAUGACAUCACAGAUGGGAACCCCAAGCUGACUCUGGGCUUGAUAUGGACCAUCAUUUUGCAUUUCCAGAUCUCUGACAUUUACAUCAGUGGCGAGUCAGGAGACAUGUCAGCAAAGGAAAAGCUGCUAUUGUGGACCCAGAAGGUGACAGCUGGUUACACAGGAAUCAAAUGCACUAACUUUUCCUCAUGCUGGAGUGAUGGGAAGAUGUUCAAUGCACUUAUUCACCGAUACAGACCUGAUUUGGUAGAUAUGGAGAGAGUGCAAAUCCAGAGUAAUCGAGAGAAUUUGGAACAGGCCUUUGAAGUGGCAGAAAGACUUGGGGUCACCCGGUUGUUGGAUGCAGAAGAUGUGGAUGUCCCUUCUCCAGAUGAGAAGUCUGUAAUCACUUAUGUGUCUUCAAUUUAUGAUGCCUUCCCCAAAGUCCCUGAGGGAGGUGAAGGCAUAAGUGCUACGGAAGUGGAUUCCAGGUGGCAAGAGUACCAGAAUCGUGUAGACUCCCUCAUUCCCUGGAUCAAACAACACACUAUGCUGAUGUCGGAGAAAUCGUUCCCCCAGAACCCUGUGGAGUUAAAGGCACUUUAUAACCAGUACAUACACUUUAAAGAAACUGAAAUUCUAGCCAAGGAGAGAGAAAAAGGAAGAAUCGAGGAAUUAUACAAAUUAUUAGAGGUAUGGAUUGAAUUUGGUCGAAUUAAGCUCCCUCAAGGCUAUCAUCCCAAUGAUGUGGAGGAAGAGUGGGGAAAACUAAUCAUUGAGAUGCUAGAGCGAGAGAAGUUACUGCGGCCAGCCGUAGAAAGGCUGGAAUUGCUGCUACAAAUUGCCAACAAAAUCCAGAAUGGUGCUUUGAGAUGUGAAGAAAAACUAACACUAGCAAAGAACACGCUACAGGCGGAUACUGCUCAGGUAGAAUCAGGGCAGCCAUUGCAGCAUGAGCCAGACGCCAUCAUGUACCUUCAGGAGUGUGAAGGACUCAUCAGGCAGCUGCAGGUGGAUCUCCAGAUCCUCCGGGAUGAGAACUACUACCAGGUGGAAGAGUUGGCUUUUAGGAUUAUGCGACUCCAGGAUGAACUGGUCUCCUGGAAGCUAGAAUGCACAAAUCUUUUUUUUAAUACACUUGAAUUUGUUCAGCCUUCUACUUUAACUACUACCCACCUGAAGACAAACCCCUUGACUAAGGGCACACAUCCUCCUUCUACCUCUUGGUUCCGAAAACCCAUGACUCGGGCCGAAUUGGUGUCUAUCUCUUCCUCUGAAGAUGAAGGGAGUCUCCGAUUUGUUUAUGAACUGCUGUCCUGGGUUGAAGAGAUGCAGAUGAAAUUGGAACGGGCCGAAUGGGGCAAUGACCUACCCAGUGUGGAGCUGCAGCUGGAGACUCAGCAGCACACCCAUACCAGUGUUGAAGAGCUCGGCUCAAGUGUCAAAGAGGCUAGGAUGUAUGAGGGAAAAAUGUCUCAGAAUUUUCGUGCCAGCUACACUGAAACACUUGGGAAGUUGGAGACACAAUAUUGUAAACUGAUGGAAACCUCCAGCUUCCGCCUUCGAAACCUCCAGAGUUUGCAUAAAUUUGUCUCCAAAGCUACAACUGAGCUGAUCUGGCUAAAUGAAAAGGAGGAGGAGGAAUUGGCAUUUGAUUGGAGUGACAACAAUCCCAACAUUACAGCCAAGAAAAAUUACUUCUCUGAGUUAACCAUGGAACUAGAUGAUAAACAAGAUGUUUUCAGGUCUCUACAAGAUACAGCAGAAUUGCUGUCACUGGAGAACCACCCAGCAAAGCAGACUGUUGAGGCAUACAGUGCUGCUAUCCAGUCUCAGUGGCAGUGGAUGAAGCAGCUGUGCCUUUGUGUGGAGCACCAUGUCAAGGAGAAUAGCACUUACUUUCAGUUUUUUAGUGAUGCAAAAGACCUAGAAACAUUCUUGAAGAACCUUCAGGACUCUAUCAAACGGAAAUAUUCCUGUGACUGCAACACCAGCUUGUCCCGCCUUGAAGACCUCCUCCAGGACUCCAUGGAUGAAAAGGAGCAACUCAUUCAUUCAAAGAGUUCCGUUGCCAGUCUGGUGGGGAGAUCAAAAACCAUCAUUCAGCUGAAGCCCCGAAAUCCAGACCAUGUGCUAGCAAGCACCAUCUCCAUUAAGGCUAUCUGUGACUACCGGCAGAUUGAGAUCACCAUCUACAAGAAUGAUGAGUGUGUAUUGGAAGAUAAUUCGCAGCGGACCAAGUGGAAGGUGAUCAGCCCUACAGGGAAUGAAGCCAUGGUGCCCUCUGUGUGCUUCCUCAUUCCUCCACCCAACACAGAUGCCAUUGAGGUGGCCAACAGAGUGGAGCAGGCCUAUCAGAAGGUGAUGACCCUUUGGCAUCAGCUGCACAUGAAUACCAAAAGUCUUAUUUCGUGGCACUAUCUGCGGAAGGACAUUGAUCUUGUGCAGAGCUGGAACCUGGAGAAGCUUCGAUCCUUGGCCUCUGCUGAGAGCCAUCAGGUCAUGGAGAACCUCCAGACCCACUAUGAAGAUUUCCUACAAGACAGUCGGGAUUCCUCACUCUUCUCAGUGUCUGAUCGUUUACACCUGGAAGAGGAGGUGGAUUCUUGUAAAGCACACUACCAGCAGCUGGCUGAAUCCUUAGAGAAUGAAGAUAAGGAUGAGACAGUUGCUAGGACAUAUAUCUCAGAGCUGACAAACAUAAGGCUCCGUCUAGAGGACUGUGAACAGAGGCUGAUCAGACGUAUCCAGUCCCCAACUGGCUCUAGGACUGACGAGGAUGCUCGACAAGACAAUGCUUUACGUAUCGCAGAGCAAGAGCAUACCCAGGAAGAUUUGCAGCAACUGAGGACUGAUUUUGACAAUAUUUCUAUGAGAUGUAAAACUUUUCUACAGCAAUCUCCAUCUGGAUCCAGUAUUCCAACCCUUCAAUCAGAAUUCAGCUUGCUGGUGGAAAAAAUGACCCAAGUGUAUGGUCUAUCCUCUGUCUACUUGGAUAAACUAAAGACAAUUGAUGUUAUAGUCCGGGACAUCCAAGGAGCUGAGCUGUUAGUCAAAGGAUAUGAAAUCAAGCUGAGUCAGGAAGAAGCUGUACCAGCAGAUCUCUCAGCUCUGCAGUCUCACCGAGCUGCUUUAGAGCAAUGGCUCAAGGAUGUAAAAGACAAGAACUCAGUUUUCUUAGUGCUGGAUGAAGAAAUCGCCAAAGCCAAGAUGGUGGCAGAGCAACUAUGCCGCCUAAUGCCCGAGCGCAGCCUGGACCUGGAGCGGUGCCAAGAGAGGGGGUCCCAGCUUCAGGAGCGCUGGCAUAGGGUUGCUGCCCAGAUUGAAAGCCGACAAUCUGAACUAGAGAGUAUCCAGGAAGUGCUAAGGGAUUACCGGUCCUGCCAUGGAGCACUCAUCCAGUGGAUUGAAGAGACCACUGCUCAGCAGGAGGUGAUGAAGCCAGGUCAGGCAGAGGAUAGCCGACUGCUCUCAGAGCAGCUCAGCCAGCAGACAGCUCUGGUUGCAGAAAUUGAGAGGAAUCAGGCAAAACUAGACCAGUGUCAGAAGUUUUCCCAGCAGUACUCUGCCAGUGUGAAGGACUAUGAAUUACAACUAAUGACAUACCGAGCCUUUGUGGAAUCUCAGCAAAAAUCACCUGGGAAACGUCGGCGCAUGCUUUCCUCUUCUGAUGCCAUCACACAGGAGUUCAUGGACUUGAGGACUCGGUAUACAGCCCUGGUGACUUUAACAACCCAGCAUGUGAAAUAUAUCAGUGAUGCACUUCGGCGACUAGAAGAAGAAGAGAAAGUGGUUGAAGAGGAGAAGCAAGAACAUGUGGAGAAGGUGAAAGAUCUUCUAGUCUGGGUGUCUGCCUUAGCAAGGAGCCCCCAAGGAAAAGCUAUCUCAUCUCAGGGCAAAGAAUUGACAGACAUUGAAAAAGCUAUUUUAGAACAACAGGUUCUGACGGAGGAGCUGGCAACCAAAAAGGAACAAAUUUCUGAGGCCAUCAAAACUUCACAGAUCUUCUUAGCCAAGCAUGGCCAUAAGCUGUCAGACCAGGAGAAAGAGCAAAUUUCUGAGCAGCUGAAGGCCCUGAAGACAACUUAUCAGGAAAUGUGUGAUGGCUCAGCCCAGCAGAUUCAGCAGCUUCAGGGCCAGCUGGCCCAAAAGACAGAGCAAAAGGGGAGCAGAACAGUAGCUGGGGUGAUUGACCUGGGCACAGUGGAAAUAUUUCCCAUCUUCAAGGCCAUGCAGAAGGGCCUCAUUGAUCAAGAUACAGGCCUGGUUCUCCUUGAAGCCCAGGUUAUCAUGUCUGGACUAGAUGUCCCUGAGACUAAUGAAAAAGUAUCUUUGGAAGAAGGCCUAUCCAGAAGCCUCAUUGAUCAACAGACUUGCCAGCUGCUUCAAGAAUUAGAGGAUGCGUAUUCCUCACUAAACUUGCUGUCUGAGGGCACAAGUCAUCUUUCUGUUGUUGAAGCAAUGGAAAAGGGAAAAAUCAGUGAGAGAGUUGGAAUGAAGAUCUUAGAAGUUCUCCUGGCAACUGGAAGUUUUCCUGUCUCAUCCACUGAAAAGCAAAUCAGCCUGAAAGAAGCUUCUUACCAAGAACUCACCACAGCACACCUUCACUCAAAGAUAGAGACUCACCUGAGAUCUUGUAAGAAUUUGAUUGACCCCAAUACAGCUGAGAAAAUCAGUCUACUGGAUCUCAUGCAUAGAUGUAUUGUUCACCAAGAUUCAGGGCUAAGACUACUGCCUGUCAAACAGCUGGCAGGAGGGAUGGUGAGCUUGAAAUCAGGCAGGAAGGUUAGCAUUUUUCGUGCUGUUCAGGAGGGCCUGAUUGAUCGGCAGGUUACUGUUCGGUUAUUAGAAGCUCAGCUUUUUGCAGGUGGCAUCGUAGACCCCAGAACAGGACAUCGUCUAACAGUUGAUGAAGCUGUAAGAUAUAAUUUGAUUGAUCAGGAUAUGGCCUGUGCCAUCCUCAUCAGGCAGCUUCAGACAGGUGGCAUCAUAGACACUGUCACAGGGUAUAGGCUGACCAUAGAUGAAGCACUGAGGAAAGACUUGAUAACCUCUAAGAUGGCUCUUGUUAUUCUCCAAUCCCUUUGGUCUUUUAUGGGGUUGCUAUGGCCUGAAUCUGGGGAGAUCCUCUCAAUUGCUGAUGCCUUGGAACAAGGUAUCAUAUCUACUGAGCUGGCUUAUGAAAUCCUUAGCAAUAGGAAGUAUAUCAAGGCCCUUUUUCAACCAGCAACCACAGAGAUUUGGUCCUGGAAGAAAGCAGUUGAGAAAGGCAUUUUGGACAAAGAUGUUGCAAAGAACUUAAAAUCCACUUGCAUACCUGAUGUGAUGCCCCAUAUGCAAUUGGCAGUCUCUUCAGAAAGUCCACUGGGUUUUAGUGCUCUGGUAACAGCCCCACUAUACAGCCAAGACCAAAGUGGACAUGUACCAGGAAGUUACCAUGAAAAGCUCCUGUUUCAUCUGAUGACUCACAGCUAUAUUGAUGUGCACAGUGGACACAGACUGCUUCUGUUAGAUGAGGGGCUGCUUGAACUCCUUACACUAGGGCAAAGAGAAACAUCCCAUGUUCAUCCAUUAGAAACUUGUGAAGUUAGCCAGCGAAGCCUAAAGGCUCUCAGAGAAAUAAAAGACUCGGCCAGUUUAAGACAUCCUGAAGUUGACACACAAGAUGGCUUAAAUAUAAGACAUCAAGAAUUACAGAUUGUCCUGAAAGAAGGUUCUCCAAAAGAACAGCCAACAAAUAGUCAAACAGGAAGGAAAAAGAUGACUUUAGAAGUAAACUUCUCUACUACAUUCGAAUCUGAAAAAAAAUCAUUUCCAGAAGAGCGAGAAGUGAGAAUUCCAAAUCUUAGUGGUCUUAAAAGCAUACUUAACACUGAACCAGAACAGCAAAGGCAAACUUCAAAAAUCAAGAAAGAAGAGCCAAAAAAGUUGUAUUCCAAUGAAGAAAGCAUGGGUGUUGCCAGUAGAACUAGUUUUGUAGGACUCACUAAGGAAGCACAAGGCAUUCAGUUUUCAAUUGACAACGAACCCUUAUCUGCUGGACUAAAAAGAAAAGACAGGAGUACUCUAACUGAGACUGUUUCUACAUUACAAGAACAAGGGGUUAUUUUCAGAAUUGAAAAAGAAGCAUAUAUUUCUGGUAGAAUUGGAGGAGACCUUGUAAAACUUCAAAGUGAACAAUCAGAAUCCCAGGAAGAGAAAACUUUGUAUCCAGACACAGAAACAAAGCCCUUGAAUAUUAAGGCUCUUUAUUUCCUGGAAAAAGAAAGAACCAUGAGUGAAUUAAUAAAAGAAGAAGAAAGAGAAGUCCAAAACCAGAGUCUAGAAAAAGAAAAGAUAACAAAUGAAAGUCUGAAGAUGGUAAAAAAAAGUACUGAAGCCAUGUCAGUUGAUGGUGUUAUGGAAAUGUCACUGGACCAUCUUUUAGAGCCAAGUGAAGAUGCUACCUUAAAAAUGUUAUCAGCACAGUUAGAAAAUGGGGGCAUCUAUCACAAUGAGACAGGUCAGAAGCUCCUACUAAAUGAAGCUGUAUCCUGGGGCAUAGUGCCCAGCCACACUGCAGUGAAACUUAUGGAAAAACUGAAAAUGUUCAGGGGCUUCUUUGACUCUCAAACUUGUGAAUCUUUGACAACAGAAGAAGUCAUUGAUGAAGGUUUAAUGAAUGAAAAUCUUCUUCAGAAGGUUUUCACAUCUGACAAAACUAUAAGUGGUGUCUUAGAUCCCUAUACUAACACUGUCCACUCUGUGAGAGAUGCUGUCAGGGUUGGAUUAUUAGGCAAACAAACAGCCAUGAGAAUUUUAGAGGGGCAAGUGGUGACUGGGGGAAUUGUUGAUUUGAAGCGAGAUAAAAAAGUCUCAGUAACUUUGGCUUCAAAUCUUGGUUUGGUGGACAGUGCUGAUCAGAAAGAACUUAUAUGCCUAGAGAAAGCUACCAAAGGUAAAGACUCUGAGAAGAUAACCAAGCAAAAACUGAUUGGUUUACAGAUAGAAACAAAUGGAAUUAUAGAUCCUGAAACCAAAACUCCAUUAACAGUUGUCCAGUCCAUUAACAAAGGUCUUUUGGAGAGAGAAGAAGCCAUUCAGUUGUUAACUAAACAGGUGGUAGAUGGAGGAAUCAUUCACCAUGAUUCUGGGAUGAGACUUUCUGUUGAUAAUGCCACUGAACAUGGUUUAAUUGAUGGAGAUUUGUCCAAAGAACUCAAACAAGUUGAGAACAUGUGCCUUCAUCAGUUUAUUCAUCCUACCACAAAGGUACUUAUUUCCCUCCCUGAAGCUAUAGCAAUAGGCCUUGUUACCCUAGACUUUACAAAUCAAGCCCAGGAAAUUCAAGCCCUGAAGGGAAGCUUUGUGGAUCCCAUUUCUGGCCAAAGACUAAGUUUGUCAGAAGCUAUAAGAACAAAGCUCUCAUCUAAUGAAGCCACAUUGUCUUCUGGAAUGAUGCAUGGGAUUGUAGAUCCUGAGAAUUGCAAGAUUAUACCCUAUUCAGAAUUUAUUAAAAAAUGUAAGAUUGAUGUUGAAUCUGGGCAGAGAUAUCUAGAAAUAAUUCCCUUCUCAGAUAUUAGAGAUGAAGUAACUGGCAAGCAGCUCACUUUGUCUGAAGCAGCCCAAUUUGGAAAAGUAGACCUUGUGCCAGUGUUGAGAUUACUGGAAGCCCAGGCAGAUUCUGGUGGAAUUUUCGACAUUACUACAGGCAAAAGACUAUCAUUAAAGGCAGCUUUAGAACAAAAAUUGGUGGAUGAAAAAAUGGUCCAAUUAAUUGCAACUCAUCAGGUAUUGAAUGGAGGAAUUAUUGAUGUAUCCAGUGGCCAAAGAGUAACUUUAAUAGAAGCUGCUGAAAGAGGAUUAAUCCAUCCUGAAUUGGUAGCUUCUAUUCAGAAAGAUAUUCACAAAACAAACGACAGCUCUCAGAUUGAAAUUCAAAGAGGAACUGAGUCAUGUGAAUUAAAGAAUGAAUUUCCAAGGAGGGAAAUAUUAGCUGUUUAUAAACAGGCAUCUGAAAUAAGUUGUUAUGAAAACCAAGAGGAAACAGAGAAAUUGUUUCUAAUUGAAAAAAGGGCUAUAGACGAAAAAACUAAAAUAAGGAUUCUUGAAAGUUCUCAGGAAGCAGAGAGCUUAGGAAGGACAAAGAGACCAAUACCUGUCCCAGAAGCAAAGCUUUCUCAAGAGAGGACCCCCAAAGAUGAACAAGACUCCCCGAAAAAUCUGCAAGCUAAAGAGCAAACAGUGCAGGAAAGAGAGGAAGAAUCAUCUGUCAAUCAGAAAUUUCCUUUAACCUAUAAAGCAAAGGACAUAGCUCCUCAGGCGAUGUCCAUAGGAACAAUUGAACAAAAUACCCAGGAUGUAAACAUUUUCCUGACUUUCAAUCCAGUGAAGUCACUCCAGAAUCCCUCUGUCUCUUUUCGAGAUAAAGAAAAUGUGAGUGACUCCAGAUCUGAUUCUCCCAAAGAAAGAUCGCACCAAGAGAUAAUUUGUGAGUUAUUAAUACCAGAUAACACCAAAGUUCAUUGGGGAUCUUCUAUAACCCUUAAAGAAAAGCCAUUACAAGAAGUGACUGGAGAAUAUCCAAUUUCUUUAGUGCCCUUUACAUCAGAGAAGCCACUUCAGGAUAUACCUAGAGCAGUUAUCAGGGAACCUCAGAAAGAUACUGUUCAUGCCAAAUUUAAGUCUCAGUCUAGUCCAGAAAAUAAUGGAGAAAAAACAGUGCCCCUGGCAUCAACCCAAGCAGGGAACCUGGAUGAGAAGACAGAUCAGGAGAAGGUGAUUCUGAGCUCCAGCAGUGAGCAGUCUCUCUUUGUAACUUCAGCAAAAGGAAAGGAGAAUGAAGACACAAGCCAAGAGCCUUUCAAAGCAGCCAAAACAGUAUAUAGCCGCCGGCUUUGUUUGGAACAUGAUGAACAGCUGGUGUCUUAUCUCUCUCUCCUUCGGAAUAUUGAGAUGAGAACCAAGCAGAUCUGUCCAGCAGAACUGAGCCUGGCAGAAUUGCAGGACCAGUUGCGCCAGGCAAAGGUCCUGGAUAGAGAGCUAAGGGAUUUGUCUACUUUGGUGAAUCAUGAGCUGGAAUGUGUUCAUCAGAUUGUGACCACUCAGCCCCAGGAAGUCCCUGCUCAGUUGCUGAAGGCUCUGGAGAAAGAUGCUAAAAAUCUUCAAAAGUCUUUCAGCUCCGUGAGUGACACGUGGGCCUCCAGAUUGCUUAGUCUUCAGAACAGUGUGGAUGCAGAAAAGACUAAAAUCUUGAACCAAUAUGAAGUGCUGCAGGGCAGACUUCAAGAAUUGGGGACCUGGAUUAAUGAAACCAGGCAUUCUCUGUACAACAUGGAACAUGUCAGCAAAUCAGAUGCCACAGAUUUGAAUAACCUUCUCAAGGAAUAUGAGGCCUUAAAACAGCCCUUCUCUGAGAGAAGGUCUCAGCUGGACAUUCUGGCUUUGGAUAUUCAGUAUUUCAUCUCAGAGCAUGCCCAGAACUUGUCCCCUCAGCAAAGUCGGAAGCUGCUGAGGCUUCUGAAUGAACUGCAGAAAGCCUUCCAUGAGCUGUCGGUACAUGCUAUAGCCCAAAAGGAUGCUCUCCAGGGCUGUCUUCAGCAAGCAAUGCAGGCUGCCCAGGUCCAGACACUACAGGAACAGAAGAACACAUGCCACCAGAAGCUAGAGGACCUUUGUGCCUGGGUAAGCCAAGCUGAGCAGACCUUGACAGGCCACCACGUUAGAGGUGGCAGCCCUGAGGACCUCUCCACUCUGCAGCAAAAGCAAGACUCUGUGAAGGAUCUACAGAAGGAUGUUCAGAACCGUGCCAUCUCCUUUGCCAACAUCAUCAAAGACACUGAGGGAUUCCUGGAGGAGAACCAGACCAAAUUAAACCCCCAUGAGUUGAGCAGCCUAAGGGAAAAACUGCUCCAGGCCAAAGAACAGUCAGAGGCAUUGCAGGAGCGGACACGUAUGGCCAAAAAGGAACUGGAGGAAGCAGUUACUUUAGCCUUGCAGCAGGAAUCUGAAAAGACUAAAGCUGCCAAAGAACUGGAGGAGAACAAGAGUAAAAUUGAUGCCCUUCUGGAUUGGGUGGCAUCCUUGGAAUCAACAAGUGGAUUGCCCAAGUCUAGCUUUCCAAAAUUAGAAGACUCCCCAGGAGGGAGUUUGGGGAAUGGAAUCACAGACACCUUAGAUGGCUACAGUGAAAUGAGCCAUGCUCCAGAGAAGCUGGAUCAGCUCUAUGAAGGUGCAAAGACCCGUCACCAGGAACUGUUGUCCCAACAGCAAGACUUCAUCCUGGCCACCCAGGCGGCUCAGGCAUUUUUGGAUAAAUACUGCCACAGCCUGGCCCCAGAGGAGCAGCAGAAGCUCCAGCAGAAGCUUGGAGAUUUGAAGGAGCAGUACUCUGCCUCCCUGGCCCAGGCAGAAACAGAGCUGAAGCAGAUGCAGGCCUUGCGGGAUGAGCUACAGAAGUUCCUUCGAGAUCACAGGGAGUUUGAAGACUGGCUACAGCAGGCAGAACAGGAACUAGAGAAUGUGCACAAGGGGGGUGGCGACCCCGCAGCCCUCCAGUCCCUGCUGCUGAGACAGAGGAGCUUCUCUGAGGACGUCAUUUCCCACAAAGGAGACUUACGGUUUGUGACGAUGUCUGGACAGAAGGUCUUGGACACCGAAAACAGCUCCAGAGGAGGCACAGAACCCUCAGCAACUAGGCAUUUAGUGACCUCUAAGCUGGAUGAUGCAACUCAAAGAUAUACAGCCCUUCACUCAAAGUGCAACAAACUAGGUUCUCACCUGAACAUGCUUCUGGAGCACUCUCAACAAUUCCAGAGCAGUGCAGAUGGUCUUCAGGCCUGGAUAGAGGAAUGUGAGAGCAAGGUGAACCAGCUUCUCUCAGAUCCUGUGGCCUCUGACCCCACAGUCCUUCAGCAGCAGCUUACAAACACAAAGCAGUUACAAGGAGGUCUGGCUGAGCAUCAAGUACCUGUAGAAAAACUCCAGAAAGCAGCAGAGGCACUCCUGGAGAUGGAGGGUGAGCCAGCUCCUGAUCCCCAGCACAUCCAAGAAACCACAGAUUCCAUUUUGGGCCAUUUUCAGAGCCUUUCUGGAAGGCUAGAAGAGCGUGCUGAUCUAUUACAAAAGGCAAUCGCCCAAUCACAAAGUGUCCAGGAGGGGCUGGAGAACCUGCUGCAGUCCAUCAUUGAGGUAGAGAAAAGCCUAGAGGGAGAGCAGGUGGCAUCAUUGACUUCAACAGCUAUCCAGGAAGCCUUGGCCAUCAAUAUGAAACUGAAGCAGGACAUUGUCCGGCAGAAGAGCAGCUUGGAGGCUACCCGUGAAAUGGUGACUCAAUUCAUGGAGACAGCUGAUGGUGCCACAGCCACAGGGCUUCAGGGAAAACUGGCUGAAGUAAGUGAACAGUUCAGCCAGCUGUGUCAAAGGCAGCAGGAGAAAGAGAGCUCCCUGAAGAAGCUCUUACCCCAGGUGGAGAUGUUUGAGCAUAUCUCAGAGAAGCUCCAGCAGUUUUUGGACAGCCGAGCCCGGAUGCUGGCCACUGGGAACCAACCUGAUCGAGAUAUUGCUCAGUUCUCCCAGCAGAUUCAGGAACUGAAUUUGGAAAUGGGAGAGCAGCAAGAGAACCUGGAUGCCCUAGAGCACCUGGUUAUUGAUCUGAGCUCCUGUGGUUUUGCAUUGGAUACUUCCCAACACGAGGAGAGGGUACAGAAGCUAAAGAAGGAUUUCAUGGGACUGCAAAAGUCUGUUCAAGAAAGAGAGAAGGAAACAUCAUCCUGCCAGGAACAGUUGGAUGAAUUUCGGAAGCUGGUUCAGGCCCUACAGAAGUGGCUAAAAGAAAGUGAAGGAAAUAUGCCAGUGAUGGAAAGCUCCAUGAGCACCAGGGAUCUCCAGAAGCAGAUUGAGCAACUUGAGGCUCUUUUGGAUGACUGGACAAGUAAGGGGCUCCAGGUAGAAGAAAUAAACCGCAAAGGCCUGGCUUUAGAAAAUCUGAUUGUGGAGAUUACAGCACCUGAAACACAAUCCAAGACAGGUUCUGUCCUGCCCUCUCUAGGAGGCUCUGUAGGCAGUGUAAACGGAUACCACACCUGCAAAGAUUUGACAGAAAUCCAAUGUCACAUGUCGGAUGUGAGCCAGCAGUAUGAGAAGCUGGGCGGGGUGCUUCAGGAACGCCGGGAUAGCCUGCUGGCCAUGCUCAGCAGCAUGCAGGAAGUUCAGGAGGAGGCAAGCUCUCUGUUACAGUGGCUCGAAUCUAAAGAGAAUGCCCUGAAAGCUUUUGAUGCCUCUUCAUCACCAACCAAAACAGAGACAAUGAGAGCCCAAGCUGAGUGUAAUAAGGCCUUCCUGGCAGAAUUGGAACAGAAUUCUCCAAAGAUCCACAAAGUGAAGGAAGCAUUAGCUGGUUUAUUGAAGAAAUAUCCCAACUCACAGGAAGCAAAACAUUGGAAGGAAAUGGAGGAGGAACUCAGUUCCCGGUGGGAGAGGGCUAAUGAGGUCACGGCAGCAAGGCAGCAGAAACUGGAGGAAUCUGCUAACCAGCUAGCAAGCUUCCAGGCUGCUGAAACCCAGCUGCGACCCUGGCUGACAGAGAAAGAACUGAUGAUGAGUGUUCUGGGGCCCUUGUCCAUUGAUCCCAACAUGUUGAAUGCACAGAAGCAACAAGUCCAGUUUAUGCUAAAGGAAUUUGAAGCUCGCAAGCCACAGCAUGAGCAGCUGAACCAGGCAGCUCAGGGUAUCCUGACUGGCCCUGGAGAUGGCUCUCCAUCUGCUAGCCAGGUACAGGAAGAACUCCAAAACAUCAACAACAAGUGGAUCGAACUGACAGACAGGCUUAAUUCUCGGUCUAGUCAAAUUGACCAAACUCUUGUCAAAAGCACUCAGUAUCAGGAGCUCCUCCAGAACUUAUCUGAAAGGGUCAAAGCUGUUGGACAGCAGCUGAAUGGCCAAUCAGCCAUCAGCACCCAGCCUGCUGCUGUGAAACAACAGCUAGAAGAGACGAGUGAGAUUCGGUCUGACUUGGAGCAGCUGGAUCAUGAAAUCACAGAUGCCCAGGCACUAUGCGAUGAGCUGUCCACACUCAUAGGGGAGCAGUACCUCAAAGACGAGCUGAGGAAGCGGCUGGAGACAGUUGCCCUCCCUCUCAAGGGCUUAGAAGACCUUGCAGCUGAUCGCAUGAACAAACUCCAGACAGCUCUUGCCAGCACCCAGCAAUUUCAGCAAAUGUUUGAUGAACUGAGGACCUGGCUAGAUGACAAACAAAACCAGCAAGCAAAGGCCCAACCCAUCUCUGCAAAGUUAGACCGGCUACACUGCCAGCUUCAGGAGCAAGAAGAAUUCCAGAAGAGCCUGAACCAGCGCAGUGGUUCUUAUGAGGUGAUCAUAAUUGAAGGGGAAUCUCUGCUUCUUUCUGUGCAUCCAGGGGAAGAGAAAAAGACCUUGCAAAGCCAGCUGAUUGAGCUCAAAAGCCACUGGGAGGAGCUUAGUAAAAAGGCUGCUGACCGACAGUCCAGGCUCAAAGAUUGUUUGCAGAAGGCUCAGAAAUACCAGUGGCAUGUGGAAGACCUCAUACCAUGGAUUGAGGACUGCAAGGCCAAGAUGUCUGACUUACAGGUGACCCUGGAUCCGGUCCAGUUAGAGGCUCAUCUCUUGAGGUCAAAGGCCAUGCUGACUGAUGUGGAAAAGCGCCGAUCCCUGUUGGAAAUGUUGAACAGUACUGCCGACAUCUUAAUCAAUUCUUCUCAGACUGAUGAAGAUGAUAUCCGAGAUGAGAAAGCAGGCAUCAAUCAGAACAUGGAUGCCAUUACAGAAGAACUACAAGCCAAAACAGAGUCCCUUGAAGAAAUGACUCAGAGACUCAAGGAGUUCCAAGAUAGCUAUAAGAAUAUUGAAAAGAAGCUCGAUGGGACCAAACAUCAGCUUGAAAUCUUUGAUGCACUAGGUCCCCAAGCCUGCAGCAAUAAGAACCUAGAGAAGCUCCGAGCUCAACAGGAAGUGCUGCAGGCCCUGGAGCCACAGGUGGAUUAUCUCAAGAACUUCACUCAGGGCCUAGUAGAAGAUGCUCCACAAGGUUCUGAUGCUUCCCAGCUUCAACACCAAGCUGAGGUCACUGAGCAAGACUUUAUGGAAGUCAAAGAAAGAGUGAACAGUAGCUGUGUGGCAAUGGAAAAUAAACUUGAGGGGAUUGGCCAGUUCCAUUGUCGAGUCCGAGAGAUGUUUUCUCAGCUAGCUGACCUAGAUGAUGAACUUGAUAGCAUGCGUGCCAUUGGCAGAGACAUUGACAGCCUCCAGUCCCAGAUUGAAGAUGUUCGUCUAUUCCUUAGCAAAAUCCAGAGCCUGAAAUUGGACAUCAAGGCCUCUGAAGGAGAGUGCCGACAAAUGCUAGAAGAAGAAGGAAGUCUAGACUUGUUAGGACUUAAGAGGGAACUGGAAGCCCUGAGCAAACAAUGUGGCAAACUAACCGAGAGGGGAAAAGCCCGUCAGGAGCAACUAGAACUGACCUUGGCUCGAGUGGGAGACUUCUACAGCAAAAUGAAAGAGCUGAAUGACAUGACCACAGCAGCAGAGGAGGGAGAGGCCCUUCAGUGGGUGGUGGGCACUGAAGUGGACGCCAUCAACCAACAGUUGGCAGAUUUUAAAAUGUUUCAAAAAGAACAGGUUGAUCCCCUUCAGAUGAAACUGCAGCAGGUGAAUGGACUUGGCCAAGGCCUGAUCCAGAGUGCAGGAAAACACUGUGAUGUGCAAGGCUUGGAACAUGACAUGGAAGAGAUCAAUGCCCGAUGGAACACACUGAAUAAAAAGGUAGCACAGAGAAUUGCACAACUACAGGAGGCCCUGUUGCAUUGUGGGAAGUUUCAGGAUGCCUUGGAGCCAUUGCUCAGCUGGUUGGCAGACACAGAGGACCUCAUAGCCAAUCAGAAGCCUCCAUCUGCUGAGUAUAAAGUGGUGAAGGCUCAGAUCCAAGAACAGAAGCUGCUCCAGCGGCUCCUAGAUGAUCGAAAAGCCACUGUGGACAUGCUUCAGGCAGAAGGGGAAAGGAUAGCUCAAUCUGCUGAGCUAGCUGAUAGAGAGAAGAUCAUCAGCCAACUGGAGAGUCUCGGAAGGAGAUGGACUGAAUUAUUAAGCAAGGCAGCAUCCAGGCAAAAACAGCUGGAGGAUAUCCUGGUUCUAGCAAAACAAUUCCAUGAAACAGCUGAGCCUGUUUCUGACUUCUUAUCUGUCACUGAGAAGAAACUUGCUAAUUCUGAGCCAGUUGGCACCCAGACUGCCAAAAUCCAGCAGCAGAUUGCGCGCCACAAGGCUCUGGAGGAAGAAAUAGAGAGCCGAGCAGCUGAUGUGCAGCAGGCAGUCAGAGUUGGGCAGUCCCUCUCCUCCCUGACCUAUCCAGCUGAGCAGGGUGUGCUGGCUGAAAGACUAGAGGCCUUGCAGGCCCGUUACAGUGAGGUUCAGGAGCGGUGCUGUCGAAAGGCAGCCCUACUUGAACAGGCCAUAGCUAACGCCAGGCUGUUUGGGGAGGAUGAGGUGGAGGUGCUCAACUGGUUGGCUGAGGCUGAGGACAAGCUCAGCUCGGUCUUCGUAAAGGAUUACAGACAGGAUGUCCUACAGAAGCAGCAUGCUGACCACCUGGCUUUGAAUGAAGAGAUUGUUAAUAGGAAAAAGACUGUAGACCAAGCUGUUAAGAAUGGACAAGCUCUUCUGAAACAAACAACAGGGGAAGAGGUGCUGCUCAUCCAAGAGAAACUGGAUGGGAUUAAGACCCGCUAUGCUGACCUCACUGUCAGUAGUUCUAAGGCCCUUAGAACAUUGGAGCAGGCCCGACAACUGGCCACUAAAUUCCAAUCCACACAUGAUGAGUUAACUGGCUGGAUGAGUAAGGUAGAAGAGGAGCUGAUGGCUAGCGGAGGGCAAUCUCCUACAGGGGAGCAGAUUCCCCAGUUUCAACAAAGACAGAAGGAGCUGAAAAAGGAGGUCAUGGAGCACAGACUAGUGCUGGACACAGUGAAUGAGGUGAGCAGGGCCCUCUUGGAGCUGGUGCCCUGGCGAGCCCGGGAGGGGCUGGAUAAAUUAGUAUCCGAUGCCAAUGACCAGUACAAACUAGUCAGUGACACCAUUGGGCAGAGAGUGGAUGAAAUCGAUGCUGCUAUCCAGAGAUCACAACAGUAUGAGCAAGCUGCUGAUGCAGAAUUAGCCUGGGUGGCUGAAACCAAACGGAAGUUGAUGGCUCUUGGCCCAAUCCGCCUGGAACAGGAUCAGACCACUGCACAACUACAAGUUCAGAAGGCUUUCUCCAUCGAUAUCAUUCGGCACAAAGAUUCCAUGGACGAACUUUUUAGCCAGCGUAGUGAAAUCUUUGGAAGCUGUGGAGAGGAACAGAAAGCACUAUUACAAGAGAAAACAGAAUCUUUGGUACAGCAAUAUGAAGCUAUUAGCCAACUCAAUUCAGAACGCUACGCCCGCCUAGAGCGUGCCCAGGUUUUGGUGAACCAGUUUUGGGAAACCUAUGAGGAGCUCAGUCCAUGGAUUGAGGAAACACAGACCCUAAUAUCACAACUACCUCCACCUGCCAUUGAUCAUGAACAACUCAAGCAGCAACAGGAGGAAAUGAGGCAACUAAGGGAAUCCAUUGCUGAGCAUAAGCCUCACAUUGAUAAGCUACUGAAGAUCGGCCCACAGCUGAAGGAGCUGAACCCCAAUGAAGGUGAAAUGGUUCAGGAGAAGUACCAGAAAGCAGAGACGACUUAUGCCAGAAUCAAGGAGGAGGUGCGCCGGCGCGCACUGGCCCUGGAUGAGGCUGUCUCACAGUCUGCUCAGUUCCAUGAUAAAAUGGAGCCCAUGCUGGAAACCCUGGAAAACCUCUCUUCCCGCCUGCGUAUACCACCAUUGAUCCCUGCUGAAGUGGACAAGAUCCGAGAAUGUCUCAGUGACAACAAGAGCACUGCUAUGGAGCUAGAGAAGCUGCAGCCAUCCUUUGAAGCUUUGAAACGCCGGGGUGAGGAGUUGAUAGGCCGAUCCCAGGGAGCCGACAAGGAUCUAGCUGCAAAAGAAAUCCAAGACAAACUGGAUCAGAUGGUAUUUUUCUGGGAGGAUAUCAAAGCCCAAGCUGAAGAGCGGGAAGUCAAGUUCCUUGAUGUCCUUGAGUUGGCAGAAAAGUUCUGGUAUGACAUGGCAGCCCUCCUGGCCACCAUAAAAGAUACCCAGGAUAUUGUUCAUGACCUGGAGAGCCCGGGCAUCGAUCCCUCCAUCAUUAAGCAGCAGGUGGAGGCUGCUGAGACUAUUAAGGAAGAGACAGAUGGUCUGCAUGAAGAACUAGAGUUUAUUCGAAUCCUUGGAGCAGACCUGAUUUUUGCCUGUGGAGAAACAGAGAAGCCAGAGGUGAAGAAGAGCAUUGAUGAGAUGAACAAUGCCUGGGAGAACUUAAACAAAACUUGGAGAGAGAGACUCGAAAAACUGGAGGAAGCCAUGCAAGCUGCAGUACAGUAUCAGGACACCUUACAGACUAUGUUCGACUGGCUAGAUAACACUGUGAUUAAACUCUGCAACAUGCCUCCUGUCGGCACUGACCUCAACACUGUGAAAGAUCAGCUAAAUGAGAUGAAGGAGUUUAAAAUGGAAGUAUACCAACAGCAAAUUGAGAUGGAGAAGCUAAAUCAUCAGGGCGAGCUGAUGUUGAAAAAAGCUACUGAUGAAACCGAUCGAGAUAUCAUCCGAGAACCACUGACAGAAUUAAAACAUCUCUGGGAAAACCUGGGUGAGAAAAUUGCCCACCGGCAGCACAAGCUAGAAGGUGCUCUGUUGGCACUUGGUCAGUUCCAGCAUGCAUUGGAGGAGCUGAUGAGCUGGUUGACUCACACAGAAGAGUUGUUAGAUGCACAGAGACCCAUCAAUGGAGACCCUAAAGUCAUUGAGGUUGAGCUUGCAAAACACCAUGUUCUAAAAAAUGAUGUGUUGGCUCACCAAGCCACAGUGGAUACAGUCAACAAAGCUGGCAAUGAGCUUCUUGAAUCCAGUGCUGGUGAUGAUGAUGCAAGCAGCUUAAGGAACCGAUUGGAAACAAUGAACCAGUGCUGGGAAUCAGUGUUGCAGAAGACAGAGGAACGAGAACAGCAGCUGCAAUCAACCCUCCAGCAGGCCCAAGGUUUCCACAGUGAAAUUGAAGAUUUUCUCUUGAGACUGACUAGGAUGGAAAACCAGCUUUCUUCAUCAAAGCCCACAGGAGGUCUUCCUGAAACAGCACGAGAACAACUCGAUGCUCACAUGGAACUCUAUGACCAGCUGAAAGGCCAGGAGGAGACAUAUAACCAGCUGCUGGACAAGGGGAGGCUGAUGCUGCUAAGCCGGGAUGACUCUGGAUCUGGCUCUAAAACAGAGCAGAGUGUCACACUCUUAGAACAAAAAUGGCAUGUGGUCAGCAGCAAGAUGGAAGAAAGGAAGUCAAAGCUGGAAGAAGUACUCAACCUGGCAACAGAAUUCCAGAAUUCCUUGCAGGAGUUUAUCAACUGGCUAACCUUAGCAGAGCAGAGUUUGAACAUUGCACCUCCACCCAGCCUCAUCCUAAACACCAUCCUCUUGCAAAUAGAUGAGCACAAGGUUUUUGCCAAUGAAGUAAAUGCCCACCGGGACCACAUUAUUGAAUUGGAUCAAACUGGAAAUCAAUUGAAGUUUCUCAGUCAAAAGCAAGAUGUUGUUCUAAUCAAGAAUUUAUUGGUUAGUGUUCAGUCUCGAUGGGAAAAGGUGGUCCAGAGGUCUGUUGAGAGGGGUCGAUCUUUGGAUGAUGCCAGAAAGCGAGCUAAACAGUUCCACGAAGCUUGGAAAAAACUGAUUGACUGGCUAGAAGAUGCAGAGAAUCAUCUGGACUCAGAACUAGAGAUAUCUAAUGAUCCAGACAAAAUUAAGCUUCAGCUGUCCAGGCAUAAGGAAUUUCAGAAAACACUCGGUGGCAAACAGCCUGUGUAUGAUACUACCAUUCGGACUGGCCGAGCCCUUAAAGAAAAGACCUCACUCCCCGAUGAUGUUCAGAAACUUGACAACUGCCUGGGGGAAGUCAGAGACAAAUGGGACACUGUGUGCGGCAAGUCUGUGGAACGGCAACAUAAACUAGAAGAGGCCCUCCUCUUCUCAGGCCAGUUCAUGGAUGCGCUGCAGGCCUUGGUUGACUGGCUGUACAAGGUGGAACCCCAGCUAGCCGAAGACCAGCCUGUCCAUGGUGAUCUCGACCUUGUCAUGAACCUCAUGGAUGCUCACAAGGUUUUCCAGAAGGAGCUGGGAAAGCGCACUGGGACUGUACAGGUCUUGAAGCGGUUAGGACGGGAGCUGAUUGAGAACAGCCGGGAUGACACCACAUGGGUGCGGGUCCAGCUACAGGAGCUCAGCACCCGCUGGGAUACUGUGUGCAAGCUUUCCGUGUCCAAGCAAACCCGGCUGGAGCAUGCCCUGAAGCAGGCAGAAGAAUUUCGAAAUGCAGUCCACAUGUUGUUGGAGUGGCUUUCUGAAGCUGAGCAGACCCUCCGCUUUCGGGGAGCACUUCCUGAUGAUACAGAAGCCUUGCAGUCCCUCAUUGAUGUACACAAGGAAUUCAUGAAGAAAGUGGAGGAGAAGAGAGUGGAUGUGAAUGCCUCCGUGGCAAUGGGAGAAGACAUCCUGGCAAUGUGCCACCCAGAUUGUGUCACCACCAUCAAACACUGGAUCACCAUUAUCCGAGCACGAUUUGAGGAGGUUCUGACAUGGGCAAAACAACACCAGCAGCGUCUCGAAGCAGCCCUUUCAGAACUCAUUGCAAAUGCUGAACUCUUAGAAGAACUUUUAGCUUGGAUUCAGUGGGCCGAGACGACACUCAUCCAGAGAGAUCAAGAACCAACCCCACAAAAUAUUGACCGAGUCAAAUCCCUCAUCUCUGAGCAUCAGGCCUUUAUGGAAGAGAUGACUCGUAAACAGCCUGAUGUAGACCGUGUCACAAAGACAUAUAAAAGGAAGGCCAUAGAACCAACUCAUGCACCUUUCAUUGAAAAAUCCCGCAGUAAUCGGAAGUCUUUGGGCCAGACUGCUCCUCCUCCUAUGCCACUCCUUUCCCAAUCUGAAGCAAAAAACCCCCGGAUCCACCAGCUAUCAGCCCGCUGGCAGCAGGUCUGGCUCCUGGCCCUAGAACGGCAGCGGAAACUGAAUGACAUGCUGGAUAGAUUGGAAGAGUUGAAGGAAUUUGCAAACUUUGACUUUGAUGUCUGGAGAAAGAAGUAUAUGCGCUGGAUGAAUCACAAAAAGUCCCGGGUGAUGGAUUUCUUCAGACGCAUUGACAAAGACCAAGAUGGAAAAAUUACCCGGCAAGAGUUCAUUGAUGGAAUUCUCGCAUCUAAGUUCCCCACUACCAAGUUAGAAAUGACUGCCGUAGCUGAUAUUUUUGACCGAGAUGGUGAUGGCUACAUCGAUUACUAUGAAUUUGUGGCUGCUCUUCAUCCUAACAAGGAUGCUUACCGACCAACAACAGAUGCAGACAAGAUUGAAGAUGAGGUUACAAGACAGGUGGCUCAGUGCAAGUGUGCAAAAAGAUUCCAGGUGGAACAGAUCGGGGAGAACAAGUACAGGUUCUUCCUCGGCAAUCAGUUUGGAGAUUCCCAGCAACUGCGACUGGUCCGUAUUCUGCGCAGCACCGUCAUGGUCCGAGUUGGUGGAGGAUGGAUGGCCCUGGAUGAAUUUUUAGUGAAAAAUGAUCCCUGCCGAGUGCACCACCCUGGGAGUAAGAUAAAGCGCUCAGACUCCAGUUCUUCGAUGGCCAGUCAGUCUUCUAUAGCACGAGGAAGAACUAAUAUAGAACUUAGAGAGAAAUUCAUCUUGCCUGAGGGGGUGUCCCAGGGAAUGACACCUUUCCGGUCCCGUGGUCGAAGAUCCAAGCCAUCUUCACGGGCAGCUUCCCCCACCCGGUCCAGCUCCAGUGCCAGCCAGAGUAACCACAGCUGUGCCUCGAUGCCAUCUUCUCCAGCCACCCCUGCCAGUGGGGCCAAAACUCCACAUCAGCCCUCCCGCUGUUAUGACAAACCCUGGUUGGUAAACAGUAAAGCUGGCACCCCCCUCAGGGACAGCGGUCCUCCUGACCUCCAGCUCCCGGGUUCUGAGGUGAUGCCAUCCACAGGCAGCAAGUUGAAGCGUCCAGCUUUUCAUUCUAGCCGAACCUCUCUUACUGGGGAUGCCAGUAACAGUUCUUCUCCAGUCUCCAGCAGUGCCAAAACCAAUCGGGCUGAUGCAAAAAAGACAACAAGCCGCCCCACAAGUCGUGCUGGAAGCCGGACCGGGAGCCGUGCAAGCAGCCGCCGAGGAAGUGACGCCUCUGACUUUGACCUCCUAGAGACGCAGUCGGCUUGUUCAGACACAUCUGAGAGUAGCACAGCAGGGGGCCAAGGCAGUUCCAGGCGAGGGUUAACAAAGCCUUCCAAAAUCCCCACCAUGUCCAAGAAAACCGCCACAGCUUCCCCCAGGACUCCAGGCCCAAAGCGAUAACGUCUCCCUUCUGAGGCUGCGUCCAGUUUUAAGCCUGCUCCAUAUCCUGGGUGUAUAUUUAUUCUGAAUGGGAGAAGUUAUAUUGUUAAAAGUGUAAAAGAAUAAUUGUGUUAUGAAGCUGCCUUAUUUUUUUUUCUUUUUGUAAGUUACUAUUUUCAUGUGAAUAUUUAUGUAGAUAAAUUUUGCCUUCUGGGAAACCCCAGUACCAAUUGGGGGGCCGGAAACUGAAAAGUUUGAGAAACACAAAAGAGGUCAAGAUGUGAACAUGUAUUAAAGGAUGGGGAGAAAAAAACUAUAAAUAGAUUUUCUUCAUGGUGCAGGGUUAUAAACCUGCUUUAUCUUUUAGGAUUAUUCCUAAAUGCAUUUUCUUUAUAAACUUGACUUGCUAUCUCAGCAAGAUAAAUUAUAUUAAAAAAAAAGAGAAUCCUGCAGCGUGGAACGGACUCUUUUUUUUGUAAAUCAUAGACACCUCGAGAAGCACGAGGAGAGGGAGGGCACCUCCAGCUGUUUUUUCCAUCGUUUUUAACUUUGUGAUUUUAGCCGAAGAAAAGAGGGAUUUGAAUUAAUAAGAUUUGCACAUGUUAUAGUAAACGUUCAUUAAAGUGCUGUCUUUAAACUACUGUCUCAGUCACUGAGUGUUUAAAAGUCUCAUGAACACUGAAUAUUCAGGGCUCAUCUGGAGACCGCUUGAGAAGCCCUGCUUGGGAGUGAAAGAUCGGGAGAUGACGGGUUGCUUGAGAACAUCCUGUCCUGUAUGGGUGGAAAGCCUUAGUCCUUGGCCACCUAUUUUCAAAUUCUGAAUUCCACAAUUAUUCAUCUACAUGUUUUCUUUUUUUUAUUCUUCAUGCCAUUUAUUUAAAUAAUCAUUCAGCUUCCCAAGAACCUAUUUGGAAAGCUGAUACCCAAAUCAAAGUCUCACCAGCACACUCCCCAUCAAGGCCUAUUUCACUCGUGUCUUCGCUCUUUUUUAAAAUUUUGUUUUCUAAUAAUACCGAGUGACCAUGAGGAAGAAGAGAGUCCCUCCAAAGCUCCUUGUGUGUCUUACUGCUAUUCUGCAGCUCUGGCCAACCAUGGUGCUGUGUGAUUUCACUUGGUUCUAACUGAGGCAGAAACAAAAGCUGUACCAAUGAACUGUUUUAAAACAAGACACCUUUUUGUAUUAAAAUUGCUUGCAGUCAUGA